AUGACACGGCCUGUAUUUAUCGUCCGAGACCCGGUCCGUGUUUUUGACAGCUGGAAGAAGUUGGGCUGGGGUGAUCUGUACAGCUUCUUCAUCUGCUAUCGCUCCCUUUUCAAAAUGCUACAAGCCAGCCCCGUGCCCCAGGUGGUCAUCUACGAGCAACUCGUAUCCGACGCCAGAGGCACCGUUGCCGCACUGGCCGAUUACUGGGACAUUCUAUUUGACGACUGGUGUCUGGAAUUCAAGCGACCGUUUGGAGAUUACAUCUUGAAUGGUGACCGGGACCAAUCCAUCAAUCAAGGCACCGUUCCGGAUGGUCUAUUUGAUCGCGUCAAGACUCACACGCAUGUCGAAGACUUCAGUGGUCAUGGACUACUCUCUGCCCUCGAGAUCGAACAUAUCGAAGCUGAAGUAGGCACCCUGUACCUGGAAGCUUAUGGUCCGAGGUUAGGUCCUGUUUUGACGCUGCUCGCAUCGAAGCCUUGGUUUGGUUUCGACUUGGACGAUACACUGCAUGAGUUUCGAAAAACUUCUGCCCAUGCAUCAUUUUCUGUAUUCGAGGCUAUUCAAGCCGCUCACCCCGAUGCCAAGGAGACGAUAGACGAUCUGGAAGCUACAUAUCGCGAUGUCCUCCGCUCCAAGACGGCAAAUGCCUUCACCGAUGGGAGAACAUCAGAGGACUACCGCAGGGAGCGGUUCUCUCACCUCCUCGAGGCUCACGGACAUGAACCAUCCACAGAGACCCUCGAACAUCUACUAGUGGUGUACAAGAACAGACUCCGCGCAGCUCUGACACUAAAAGCCGGUGCACUUCACCUCCUCGAAAAACUGAAGGCUCGCGGGAAGGGGGUCAUCAUAGUAACCGAGGGUCCUCAAGAUGCACAGGAAUGGACCAUCGCGGAGCUAGGGUUGAAACCCUUCAUCGAUAUUCUUGUGACGACAAAUGAGGUCAGGAAGUCCAAAGUGGACGGUCUUUUCACCGCUGUAUUGGAAAAAUACAACAUUGCUCCCGGGGACUUGGUCUAUAUUGGAGACAAUAAACAGCGCGAUAUUAUCCCAGCACGAGCGGCAGGAAUUGAUACGGUGCUGUACGAUGAGAAGAGUAACUGUCAGUUUGAUGACCCUCACAACCUUCGACUGAACUCGCUCCCAAAACUGGAGUAUCUGGUGUGUGUUGUUCACCAUGGAAGUUGGGGAUUUUGA